AUGGAAGCUUCUACUCUAAACCCUUCUGCAUCUACCGCUCCCGAGAUCUCUGUAGAUUCCGAAAUAGCUUCUGUUUCUGAUAGUGACUCUUCUGAUGAAAUAUCACUUGCAAAUAAAACAAGUUAUGAAAAUUUACGCUUUAGACGUUCCCGCCAUCUUUCUCUCCCUGAAUUAAAGCGUACGGCUUCCGUUUCUUCUCUUAGUUCUUACGCGUCUACUCCUCCUGGAACUCCCACAAGGAAUGAUAAAUCAUUAUUAACCGAAGAAAACUUAUUAGCACUCGGUGAGUCUGGAGCCCUAGCUCAUAACUGGUAUUCUUGUGGCGGUGGUUCAAUUCACGCUGAUGGCCGUUGGUUCAAGGAUGAACAGGGCCGAACUUGUAUGUUACGUGGUGUCAAUUUGUGUGGAAAUUCAAAAUUACCUACAAAACCAGAUGGUUCAAGUCAUUUGAUUGAAGGUUUCUUUGAUCAUCGUAAUGUAUCUUUUGUUGGACGUCCCUUUCCAUUGGAAGAUGUUCAUGAACACUUUUCUAGAUUGAGAACAUGGGGUCUAACUUUUGUAAGAUUACUUGUACCCUGGGAAGCUCUGGAACAUGCUGGACCGUAA